GCUGCGAGCAGGAGCAGCCCAGCAGGAGUGAGGGGGACUCGGGAGGAGUCAGGGGCGAGCGGCCGCCUCUUCCACCAAACAGCGUGUCUGAGCAAAAUGAAACAUGGAUGAGGAGGUCGCAGAAAGUUGGGAUGAAGCUGCGGACAGUCGGGAAAUGGAAAAACGGUUAGAAGAGAAGCUAAGGAUCAGCCAGACAGAAAGGGAGUCCAGUAACAAUUCUCUGUUAAAGACAACCAUGAUGAUACAGGACGACUCUCCACCAGCGGGGCCCCCACCUCAGAUACGCAUUUUGAAGCGGCCGACAAACAACGGGGCACUAGGUUCCCCCUCGAAUCAGAACAGACCUACACAGCAGGUCAAGUCUCUGGCUCAGCGAGAGGCGGAGUACGCAGAGGCAAGGAAGAGAAUCCUGGGCAGCGCAUGCCCAGAGGAGACGCCUCAAGACAAGCCCAACACUGACAGGCCAGGACGCAAUAACUCUACAAUGCCUUUAGAGGACACCCGAUCAACCAAUCACACUGUCCGACAGCCAGCCGGUCCAGACGGCACCCAUGGCUUCCGACAGCACAGAUAAGUGGGCCGCAGCCAUCGAGAGGAGAGAGGAGAAGGAUCAGGGGCCUCCUGCGAGCAAAGACACAUUGUAUUCUUAAACUUCCUUCAGUUCUAUGAUAUCAGAGGAGCAGUGAAUUACAGAGGAGCACUGCUGCUCCUCUCCUCCCACCAGCAGUCGUGUGGAACUGCCAGGGAGCGAGGAACUCCAGGAGGAAGUCAAACAUGCUCUUUCCUCUCUCCCAAUCCCCUAUUUAACACUGUGAUUAUGGACACCUUCUGGACUCACUGUGAUGAUCCCUUUAAGAGACGCCUCUCACCUCCAUCUCGCUCCUCCUUCAGUGCCCGGCGGCUCCUUCUCAGGAUGCCUGCAAGGCAGAAGCAAAGACUUUAGAGGAGACGUGAUGGGCCAUAGCAAAAUGAGAUGAGCUGGUACUUGUGCAGCAGCUUCUCCCCAGCAAUAAUACCACACAACCCAUCUCAAAAUAUUAGUGUUUUUAGUUUUUCAGAUGUUGGUUCACUAUUUUUUUUAGAAUCUUUUUAAGGACGACCAAGUGCAGACUAAAGUAUUUAAUUAUUAUUCACCACACAACAGCAAUUAUGAAGAUUUUUGGAUAAUAAACAGCAGUAGCUGCAGUUGGUAUUGAAUAGACAGCAUUCAAAGUUUUGCAAUUUGUGUUAAAAUGCCACAUUUCGGUUUUUACACAGUUUGAACACAGACCCCAGGGCUGCAGCUUGUGGUGUCAGAUCUCCCACAGUGAACUCCCCCCUAAUGCUGAGUAUUUAAUUGCUACCUAUUCAGUAACUGAGCUGUUAGCAUUACCAGUGCACCCCUUAUGUGUAUAUUGCCAUUUGUUUUUAAAAAACUGAGGGUAAGGGUCAUGUGUGUCUAGUUGUAUGUCUGACAUGUUAUGUUUACGGUGUUUGUUUUUUAAUUAAGCUUUACAGCUGUCUUCUUUUGAUUGUCACUUCAUUAUUUCUAUUUAAAAGUAAAAGCAAAAAAAAAAAAAAAGAUUGUGGAUUUAGGUCCAUUUUUAAGUAGCUUUUUCUGCCCUUUUGUAUGAGAUUGCAGCAAUGUCAGCAGUAUUUUAAUCAAAAUGAACCAAAAGCCCAUUUAAAGAUCAACCUGUUCAUGUUCCAGGUAAAUCGGAUGUCAUUAUUUGAAGGUGUUGUUGGCAGCAAGUCAAGGGAGGUUCAGGCGGGGGAAAUGAACUCACUGCUGUACUUCAAUGGCCGAUACGUCGCGUCUGAACCUUGUCGUCGGCACGCCCGUCCUUCACUGACGUACAGCAUGUAGGAACUCAGGUGCAAGUGAUUGAGACUGAAUGAAUGAAAUGAACGAAGAUUGUAUUUUUCCAGCAGGUUUGACUGCGCAAAAAGCAAAUGUCCAUACUUGAGUUUGGGUCGGCACUUUGUUGGAAGAAGUGCUCUGUGAACUUGAAACAAUGUUCACGUCCCAAGAUGAAUGUUUUAUUUUUGUCUCAAGUGUUGGCAUCUUAGUCACGACAUGAAACGGUAACACCCACUUUGCUCUCGUGUUCAGCACCUGAUGGUCCACUCCUCAAAUGUAGACACAGCUGGAUGUGAACCAGAGAAGUAGCAGUUGGCUCACUUUCUGCUGUGCCCCGAUUGACAUGACAAGGUUUUCCACAUUUACCUGUUCAAAUGGAGAGAUCUCCAUAAAGCCAUAUUCAACGAUGCACAUCAUCAGUAGGAAAGUAAUAAGAAUGGUUGAAUUCAGCGUGUGCCUCCUGUAUCAUGUCUUUACUUUGCGGUUGUUGAUUUUUAUUAGGGUAGUAGAAAGUGAAUAUAUUUGAGGGAUAAUUCACGAUCCUGUUCAAGAGAUUUUUUUUUUUAGUGGAGGAAGUCUAGCAGGAGACAGACUUGUCCGGCUGAGCUCUGAGUUAGAACACAAACUGCCUGUAAAUACUGAUUUAAUAAAAUGAUUUGCCAAAAAAAUA